CCGUCCAUCCCCCGGCGCGGGCGGUCCCCGGGGGGGCGCAGCCGCGCGAGGACAUGGAGAUGAAGAAGAAGAUCCACCUGGAGUUGCGGAACCGCGCCCCGGAGGAGGUGACAGAGCUGGUCCUGGACAAUUGCCUGUGUGUGAACGGGGAGAUCGAGGGCCUCAAUGACACUUUCAAGAAAUUGGAGUUUCUGAGCAUGGCAAACGUUGAGCUCAGCUCACUGGCCAGACUGCCCAGCUUGAAUAAACUGCGAAAGCUGGAACUCAGUGACAAUAUCAUUUCUGGAGGCCUGGAGGUCCUGGCCGAAAAGUGCCCCAAUCUCACCUACCUCAAUCUGAGCGGGAACAAGAUCAAGGACCUCAGCACCGUGGAAGCUCUGCAAAAUCUGAAAAAUUUAAAAAGUCUUGACUUGUUUAACUGUGAGAUCACAAACCUGGAAGAUUACAGAGAAAGUAUUUUUGAGCUUCUGCAGCAAAUCACGUACUUGGAUGGAUUCGAUCAGGAGGAUAAUGAAGCCCCAGACACGGAGGAUGAGGAGGAUGAGGAUGGAGAUGAAGAGGAAGAUGAAGAGGAAGAUGAAGCUGGCCCUGGGUAUGGAUGUGGGGAAGGUUACGAGGAAGAGGAUGAUGAAGAGGAUGACGAUGACGACGAUGACGACGACGACGAUGAAGACGAGGAUGCAGGCUCGGAAUUGGGAGAGGGAGAAGAGGAAGUGGGCCUCUCCUACUUAAUGAAGGAAGAAAUUCAGGAUGAAGAAGAUGAUGACGACUAUGUUGAAGAAGGGGAAGAAGAAGGCGUCCGAGGGGAAAAAAGAAAACGAGAUGUUGAGGAUGACGGAGAGGACGAGGAUGACUAGACCGGAAGGAAGGCGGGUCCCCUGGCAGCCGGCACAGGAUGCUGACUUCUUUGUUACUUCAUGUACAAUAGCUAUCCCUACAGAUAAUAAUGUGUAACUUUUUAUAGGAAAAGCGUGGUUUUACUAUUUUUGCCUUAUCAUUCCAAGUAAAAUUUACUAGCUUGUUAAUGAUCAUCUUGUAUGUCAGAGAAAAAUUUCCAUUGGCCACAUUGUGAAAUUCCCUAGCAAAUUUAUUUAGAAUCGUACUUUUUCUAUUUCAGGGUCACCGUAGUUGGGUGCAUUUCAUGCCUACAGAUUUAAAGUUAUUUAUAAAUGAACAGAAAUCACAAUUGGCUAAAGUAUUUAAAAGAGUUUCUUAAAUGAUGGGUUGGUGAUUUUAUUUUUUUAGCAGUAACCCAGAGCAAUUUAGUUUGAAGGCAACAAUGGUGUGUGUUUUGUUUUUUUGGGGGGGGGCUGUUCUUGUUACAUCAAUAUCUUGGAAACUCAUGUAGGCACAGUCUAGAUAGGAAGUGUUCUGUACAAUAUAGUUUGGGGUUUUGUGGAGGCUUCUGAAAUCUUUUAACUAGGUGGCUAAUGAGAUUUUAUUUUUGGAGGAAGGAUCACUUACAAUAAGUUCCCAGAUAAGUGGCCAGUUCUUCUCUAACUUGAAGAGCCUGGUAUGCCAACGGUUGUUUUGUUUCUAAGUAUGUGGGCUUUAUUUUCCAAUCACUGAUUCCUUUAUGAUCAUGUCCCUUCUCGCACUCUUUUAAAAAACUUUUUUUAGUGACUUACAGAAAACCAGGAAAAUCUUAUACCUCAACCGCCUUUUCAUACCCAUCUCGGUUGUAAUUGAGCUAAUGAGGGAGACCGAGUGUCUUCUGAGACGUGUCUGUUCGCAGCGCCGUGGUACUUGGGAAGUGUCUCUGGGUUAGCUGCACGGACACACUCUCACUGGGAUGAAGAAAGAAAAGUGAAAGAGGCUUUUAGAACUAGCAUCAGCGUUUUUCAGAAUUAAUUGAAAUAUACUGGACAAUUGGGAAAAUAUUCUAAAUAUUAAACUUUAUUUCCCCCUCAAGUAAAUAGCAUUUAAAAAGCUACUUGAGUGUGUGUGUUUCCCUCGGUGGCUCCUGGAGGCCUCGUGAGAAGACAAGUCAGCCCCAGUGGUGACUCAGUGUUCAGGGCCAUUUGUUUCUGAAUUUUGGCAUCUCAAUAUUUUUUAUCUUUGUUCUGAAUGUACUUUUAAAGUAAGUGUCAACUUAGUUGAAGUUUCCCUACCACAUCGGAGCACAUUUAAGUUACUAAGUGUAGUAUUGCUUCUUUGUUUUAAAUAUAUGACUUGGGGUUUUAAAGUAGAAACUAUGAAUUUUUGUGGAUCAACUAAAAAAAGAUGCACAGCUGACUGAACUCAGAUUCUUGGGAUUAGUUUAGUGGAAGUAUUGAAGUAUCCAAAAGGCUAGCAUUUUUUGUUCCUUUUAACUAAAUGAAAUGCCCAAUUUUAGUCCUGAGUAUGUGUUCUCAUUACAUUGUAUACAAGAUCAUAAAAUGCUUUUAAAAUGUUAAAGCUAACAAUUGACUUUAUCAAUCAUUGUAUUAUGCAAUCUAAAUUAGAAGUUUUUUGCUUGAAAAAACUCUUAGACCCUUCAGAUAACUUUUUAAGACUUGUUUAGUUUUGUGGGUGGUAUUUUCAUGCAGAUAAGUAAGGGUGGGUUUUAUAUUUUGUAGAAGUUUUUGGUCCUAUUUUAAUGCUCUUGUAUGGCAGAAUGUAUAUAGUGUGUUAAAUUCCUUAAAACUGUCCUUUUAAAACUUUGAAGUUAAUACUUUUGUGCAACUGUGUUUUGAAUAAAGCCAUGACAGUGUUAAAAACAA